AGGACAUUCCAUUACUUCAGUGAUAAAACAGUUUAACUAAUCGUGAAACCUGAUAGUGAUGAAUUUGUAUAAAUCUGAUAGCAUACCAGCGACAGAAUCAGUUAGGUUACAAUGUCGCCAUUCACCAAAUGCUUCAUCAUCACAGUGGCGGUGAUUGCCGCUGGCGUACUCCAGGGCGAGACCCUCCGCUUGAAUGGAGUAGGGGUGAAAGACGCCAUCUACGACCAGUUCGCUUCUAUGAUCUAUUUUCAAGAGCAGGCGGCUCAAUCCAAACUCAACUUUAUCGUGAACUUGUUGGAGGCUGUGCUGGCAACUGCACCCACUGACCCUAUCAUCAAGACCAACCUCAGCCUCUGCUACGAGUCUGCCGCAGCACAUUACCCAUCCGCCGACCCUGACUGUAUGGCCGGUGUCAGCAUGGGUGUCAACGAGACCAUAUACGACAGUCAGCAGCAGCUGGGCUUCUGUGCCAACCUCACUCACGGUUGGUUGGUGGCCAAAGGACAGUUACCGGUGGCGUAUGCAGCGAAUCAAACUCUUGUGGUUGUAGUACAAUCGAUUAUGAAAGGCGCACAGAAGUGUGCCAAGCGUUUUGGGAAAAACCCCAGCAAGGAGUACAACUGCAUGAUACAGGUGCAGCAACAGUACAGUGAUCAAUGGCAGAAUGCUACUAACACCAUAGGCUCAGCUUAUGACCAAAUGUCAGGGAUCUCCCUCUUGGUGGGUCUUAAUAUCCACGACUGCAUCAGUCUAGAAGAGGCUACAUUGAAGAUCAAGUGUGAUGAAAUUGCUAAUUACGUCUUUGAAUGCACACAGAAUGCAACAAGGCAUCACUUUUAAUUUGCCCCAGUUUGGGGAAGAAAAAACAAAAAAUCAAGGUGAAAUAAAGGAAAAUAAAUCGAUAAGGCUGUGAUUAGAUUAUUAAUUUACAAAAAUUAUAUGACAAGCAAUUUAUUUAUAUUUAUAAAUAAAUUAAUAUGUUUAAAGUGUUAUUAAUAGACUAAACAGUACGAUAAUGUAAAACUAAAACAAAAACUGUAAUUGUUUUGAAGUGGAACCACUGUACACAGCAAUUGAAAAUACAUUAUUUCACAAAUAA